GAAAAAAGAACUUGCAGCCAGCGAAGAUGUCCUGGAUGCGCCUGGUGCGCAGCUCCAAGUUUCGCCAUGUCUACGGGCAGGCGCUGAAGCGGGAGCACGGCUUCGAGGACAUACGCGUCUCCAAGACCAGCUGGGACUCCACGCUGUGCUCCGUGAAUCCCAAGUUUGUGGCCAUCAUACUGGAAACGUCGGGCGGCGGAGCGUUCAUUGUGCUGCCACUCGGUGCGGCGGGACGCAUCCCGCCGGACUAUCCGCUGGUGUCGGGCCACAAGAGCUCUGUGCUGGACAUUGCCUGGUGUCCGCACAACGACAAUCUGAUUGCCUCCGCCUCGGAUGAUUGCACGAUUAAGGUGUGGCACAUACCAGAUGGAGGACUAACGACGACGCUCACCGUGCCGAAGGUGACUCUGGUGCAGCAUCAGCGACGCGUGAACCUGCUGCUGUGGCAUCCCACGGCCCGCGAUGUGCUGCUCAGCGCGGGAUGGGACACGAAGGUUCUCGUGUGGAAUGUGGAGAGCGGGCAGCUGCUCGUGCACAUUGAUGCGCAUCCGGAGGUGCUGUACAGCGCCAGCUUCAACUGGAACGGCACCAAGCUGGUGACCACCUGCAGGGACAAGAAGAUGCGCGUCUUCGACCCGCGCAGCGGAGAGCUGGAGAGCGCCGCCGAGUGCCACGAGAGCGCGAGAGCGACGCGCGCCAUCUACCUGCGCUCGGGUCUGAUUUUCACGACGGGCUUCAGUCGCGGCUCGGAGCGGCAGUACUCGCUGCGCGAUCCGCAGUCGCUGCACGAGCCGAUCGUCAUGGCCAGCAUGGAGAUGGCGAGCGGCGUGCUCUUCCCCAUGUACGAUCCGGACACGAACAUGAUCUACCUCUGCGGCAAGGGCGACGUUGUCAUCAAGUACUUCGAGGUGACGCCGGAGCCGCCGUUCGUGCACUACGUAAGCACUUUUCAGACGGCGGAGCCUCAGCGCGGCAUUGCCAUGAUGCCGAAGCGCGGCUGCGACAUCGCCGCCUGCGAGGUGGCCAAGUUCUAUCGCCUGCAGAGCAACGGCCAGUGCCAGGUGGUGUCCAUGACGGCGCCACGCAAAUCCGAUCACUUCCAGGCGGACAUCUACCCCGACGCACUGGCGCCGCAGGCUGCCCUCACGGCAGAGCAGUGGCUGGCAGGCAGCGUCGCGGAGCCCGUGACCUUCUCGCUCAGGCAGUGCUUUGCCGCGUUGUCGGCCAGCAAGUCCGUCCAGAAUGUGCAGCAGAAGCGAGCGAGUGCCACAAGUACUCAGAUUCUGCGCAAUGCGACUUGAGGGCGAAAAGGCCAC